GAUGUCACCCUCUUUAUCCCCAAUUUAUUUUUUUUUUAACUAGUGUAAAAAGAUAAUUAAAUUAAAAAUUGAGUGUUUCGAAAUUCUGGUCAAUUACAUUAUACGAAACGAACUAACACAAGUCAUUAAAUACUACAUUAGGUUAAAUCACAAAAAUCGCACUUUAAAUGCUGAAAUCUCUUCGAAAUUCUUUUCUUUCUGGGUGAUGAGUGGUGAGACUGUUCCUAUCUUGAUAAAUACAAGUAGUUCAGACGGCGAAACACACGGGGCCUUGUCUGUAGUUUGUAGUGACGGCGAAGACGUACCACUUGUACCCGAAGUGGUUUUCGACUCUACAUUGGAUUCCCCAGGAUUUAAUAGAGAAUCGCAGCCUUUGUUGGGAGGGCUGGAUGUCUCUUACAAUCAGUUCCCAGAUGAUCCAGCCUUCAGUGAUUUGGUUUGGCAAGCUGAGACAGCUAUUGAUCAUGGAAUUUUUCCUGAACGAAUAUCACAAGGUUCCAGUGGAUCAUAUUUUGUUAAAAAUCAAUCAGGGAAAACUAUUGGAGUAUUCAAACCGAAAGAUGAAGAGCCUUAUGGCAGGCUGAAUCCAAAAUGGACGAAAUGGAUGCACAAAUUGUGCUGUCCUUGUUGUUUCGGUAGAUCUUGUCUCAUACCAAAUCAAGGGUAUUUAUCAGAAGCGGCCGCCUCACUAGUUGACCAUAAGCUCAGUUUAAAUAUAGUACCCAAAACUAGAGUAGUUAAGUUAGUAUCAGAAACUUUUAAUUAUUUAAGGAUAGAUAGGCAAAAAGCAAGGGUGAAAAGGGCAAUUAUGGAACAAUUUCCUAAUGUUGGAUUGAGGUUCAAUAGGAUAGGCUUACCACCAAAGGUGGGUUCAUUCCAGUUAUUUGUAGACGGUUAUAAGGACGCCGAUUAUUGGCUGAGGCGGUUUGAGGUUGAACCUCUGCCAGCAGCUUUGGCUCAGAAAUUUCAGUUGAAAUUUGAAAAACUCGUCGUGUUAGACUAUAUCAUAAGAAACACGGACAGAGGCAACGAUAAUUGGUUGAUUAAUUAUGAUCAACCCACUAUUGCCAAUGAAACUACAGUAAGUGCUCAAGUCGAACUGGCUGAUACCACGGAUUGGAAUUUGGUCCAAUUGCCUGAAAUUAGUAUAGCAGCUAUAGAUAAUGGUUUGGCAUUUCCAUAUAAACACCCAGACAGCUGGCGGGCGUACCCUUACCAUUGGGCAUGGUUGCCCCAAGCCAAGGUACCCUUCAGCAAGAUUACCAAGGAUCUAGUGUUACCAUUGCUGUCAGAUAUGAAUUUUGUGCAGGAUCUCUGUGAUGAUUUAUAUUUACUUUUUAAACAAGAUAAGGGUUUUGAUAGAAAUUUAUAUGAACGUCAGAUGUCUGUUAUGAGGGGCCAAAUAUUAAAUUUAACUCAAGCUCUCAAAGACAGCAAAUCUCCAGUGCAGUUGGUCCAGAUGCCAGCCGUCGUUGUUGAAAAGUCACAAGGUCAGCAUACAACUAGGUUUUUCAAUUUUACACAACGCUUCCAAGAUAAAAGUCCGUUUUUUUCUUGGUGUUAAGUCAAAAAGUUCUUUCUGUUGAUGUGUUUUUUUUUUAUUUUUAAGAUAAGUGAUUGAAUAUAAGUGAUAAUAAUAUUUUAAUCGAUUUGUUUUCUUACUUGUACUAUCAACAUGGUUAGCUUUUAGUUGAUGAACAUAAUUCACUUGAAUCAUUCCAUUUAAAAUAUAAGUUUUUUAAAUUAGUAGUGAAAAAUCAUCUAUUGAACAAAUUAAAAAGACAUUUAGAAUAAUAAUUAUGGUGGAUAUUUUUUUUAUUAAUAGUCCCGUCAAUUUUGAGAUUCAUUAAUUGAACCAAAUCAUCAGUAAUACUAUUUAGUUAGGCCAAAAGUAAGCACAGUAUAUAUGAAUUUGGGAUUCUCCCUUACUUUAUUCACUUUUGUUUAUACAUUCUAAAUAUUUUCUUGGUAAAUUGAUUCGACUUAUAUGGGAAAUUAAUAUAUAUAUUAAGCGUUCUUUAAAAAAAGCUAAUCAUAUUACUUAAUCAUUUAUUUGUAUGUAAUUAUAUUUAUAUUUUGAAAAAC